CUUUUUUUUUUUUUUUCAGCAUUUAAUAUGAGAACCUACGAUUGCCAUAUUUGUAGUAUUGCCUUUACAUCUUCAGAAAUGCUGCGGUCCCAUAUGCAAGGACAUGAACAUCAAAUUAGAGAAAACCUUGUUACCAAUCUAGUGAAUUCAAAAACACAAGAGACUUUCCAAGAUGAAUGUGAAGAUAACAUCAACAUGCAAAAAGACAAAGGACUACAGUUAAAAACUUGUUUCGGAAAGAUGGAAGAGAGCUCCUUAGAAACUGGUGGCUACAGAGAAGAGAUUGAUUUCAAACUAGGACAUAGAGUAUUUGAGAAAAGCUUCCCACAUGAAACUUCCCAGACAUAUCCAGGAUCAUACAAUAUUUCGAAAGCAGUGGAAGACCAGUUACCUCAUUACUUACCAGAUCAUUCACAGAAGAGGUAUCAGUCUUUUAAAGAUGAACUGGAUAAUUACACUCAAAUGCAGACCGUCAAAGGACCAGAGCCAAAGUCUUGUGUCAGAGAUAUGGGAGAUUGCUUUAUGGAAACACAUGGGCACAGAGAAGUGGUUGAUUCUGAACCUAAACACACAGUUUCAUCUGAGACUUCCCAAACCUACCAAGAACCAUACAAUAUUUCACCAAUGGAAAGCCAGUUAUCAUAUAGCUUACCAGCUCCUUCAGAGAGGACAUAUGACUCUUUUAAAGAACAGAAAUCUAGAGGACUAGAACCAAAGACAUGUCUCAGAAAGAUAGAAGAUAGUUUUAUAGAAGCCCAUUAUAACAGAGAAAUUGUUGAGUUCAGACCUAGACAUACAAUGCUUGAGCAAAAAUGCCCAUUUGAGACUUGCCAGACCUACUCAGAAUCACCCAGUAUUUCACAAACAGUGGACAACCAGUUACCUCAUUGGUCACCAGAUCAUGACAGUAAACAGAGACUAGAAUAUUUAUCAGAAAAACCAGUACCUCUGAGCCUUAUCCAACAAGACAAUAACUCUGGCCCACAAAGUGUAGAAUCUGAAGUUUCCAAGGACCUCUCAGAAAACAACACAAGUGAUCUUCAAGUAGGUCAUAAACGGAGACAUCAGAAGAGAAAGAGGCAGCGUCUGAAAGAAGGAGAAGAAAAAGCAGAGAAGGUGCAGUCCAAACAUAAAAGGAAAGGGAGUUAUGAGGAUGUAGAUUUAGAACAGAAGAGCAUCCAACAAAAGGGAGGAAUGGUAGAUGAAGUCUUUGUUAGUUCAGGAAAGCUUAAGCAUAAAAAGAAGAAAAAAAGUCAUGAUGUAGCCUCUGAGAAAGAAGAACGUAAACACAGAAAAGAGAAAAAGAAACGUGCUAAAGAAAAGACAGAAGAGGAAAUGCUUUGGGAUGAAUCUAUUCUUGGAUUUUGA